GCCCGCGAGAAAGCGAAGAAUGGAAGAAGGAGGUAAAUGACGCCAUGGCUACCAGAGCGGAAGACUAUCUUGAGUCACUUCUUACUGAUGCUUUUAAGGGGAAGGGAUUUCAGAAAAUCAGCGAACUGCUUCAAGAGAAAGAAAUUGAGCCUCUCCAAAGAUACAGCAAAUCUCUCCUUAACCAGCUCGAUAAAGCAGUGAAAAAGGAACUGGACAAGAACGAAUUCCAGAAUGUCUCACUGUUGUUGAAGUGCAUUCAGCUCUACUUGAAAAGUGAUCUCCAGGAGGGAGAAAGCCUAUUUAUUGAGCAAGGACUGGUACAAAAGAUGGUAUCUUGGUUUGAAAGAGCAAGAGGUUCCAUGAUCCUCGCAGACCCAAAUGAAAAUAAGGAAUUGAUGAUACUUCUUGAAGACUUCUUUGAUUGUGCCCUGGUGAUUUGCAAAUGCAGUGAUGAAGGGAAGAAAAAGGUGGUGAAUUUAUUUCUACCUGAACUGGGGCAUCUUGUGACAGAAGCAAAUAUUUGCUGUGCCCUGCGGCAGGAGGCUUUGAGGACUCUCAACUCAAUACUGGACAGCGUACCGCGGGAGGAGAGGAAGAAAUUCCCUCUCUCCGAAGAGAUGUGCUUGCUCACGAAAGAUCUUGCCAAAACUAUUCUGGAUGUUGGUGACUAUGACCUUCAGGUUGCCCUUUCAGAAGCACUUUGUAGGUUAAUGACAAAAAAAUGGAGGGAUGACCUUGUUCACCACUGGUUUGAAGAUAAUUAUCUUGCUGAAGCUUUCAAAGAGAUCAAGGAUAGAGAAUUUGAGACGGACUGCAGAAAAUUUCUUAAUCAACUCAAUGAAAGGCUUAGGGAUGAAAGAAGAGUCUAUUCCUUUCCUUGCAUAUCUGCUUUUGCUGACAUGAAUGAGGUGAAGAAGCCCUCGGACGAGAAGCUGGAGGAAUUCUGGAUAGAUUUCAACGCUGGCAGCCACAGYGUGACCUUCUAUGUGGACAGUAGUGAGGGUGCUCUGUGGGACUCUGUGAGGCUGUCAAAAGAAGAAGUUAGUAGUUACAGCCUGAAGGAGGAGAAUGGAGAAAAGACUGUUAAAAUUUACAUGAAGGUUCCUGUUAUUAUCAACAAAAAUGAAGUAACAAAAAUCAGAAUAUCCUUUACUGACAAGCUGGAAAUCUUAGAUGUACUCAAAAAAGUACUGGGAAAUGAAAAAAUGAUGAUAAAUGUGGCUGAAGAGGAGCUUGCCUGUACUGGGGAGCAAACCAAGCAGAACGAAGCAGUAAUACUUGAGUCCGGUAACGUCCGGAAGAAGAGAAAUCCUUCCAACUCUGAAAACACAGACUCCUUCUCAGACCUCCUAGCCUCUCAGCGCAGUGAGCAGUUAACAGACACAGUCACAGUAUGUCAGAAAACGGUCACCCCAGUCACCAUGAUUGAAGUGAGCCAGCAGACCGACAUGGAGGAUAUAAACCCAGGCCCAGAAGGUGAAGCUGUCAUUUCUUUGCCUCCCUCAGCAGAAAAACCCAAAGCUUCCUCUCCAAGGAUGAAAGUUAAGACCAGUGAGAAGCCCUUAGAAGAAGAGACCAUAGAGGUGUCAACACCAAAGGUAUGUGUGUCUUGGGAUCGCUUGAGGGAAGAAAGAAACAGAAAAGCAAGUUUGGUCAAGGAGAAGAAGACUGAAGCCAGGAAGGAUUCCUUUGACUUUGAAAACUCGGACUCUUCAAGUCAUGAAAAGGUUGCUGAAGCAAAAGAAAAGAUCCUUGGACAGAAACUUUCUUCACAAAAGCAGAGGGGUCAUGAAACAGAAGAGAAGAGUCAGGACUCGAGUAAGCUCCAGAAACGACGGUCCAGUUACAGGGAACAUCUUUUCUCUGAAAGCAACAGUGGAAAUGCAAGCACUGGCCUGAGUGAAAAAAGCUGGAUCCUUGACUCACAGAAACGGUCAUUGCCAAGAUCUGUUGAUUACACCCGAAAAAGGCCUCGGGUCAGAAGCAAAUUAAAAGUACUUCCAGUGUCUUCUGCAAGUAGUGGCAGUGAUCACCAGGCAAAGAACUCGGGAGUUUCAAGACCAAGAGCUCAGAAUGAAACACUAAAGGAAAAGGGCACAUCCAGUGACAAGGGAGAUGAAUUACCUACUGCGAAAGUUGCUGUUGAAACAYACUCAGAGGUAGAAGGGAAUCCGGUAGUGAAUAAUACUGCUGCUGAGGGAUAUUCCAAUGUUGAAGAGAAGCAAACACAGAAUUUUCCUGAUCAGUCUGGCAAGUUGUCAAGAGAAGAGGAAUUGUUCAAGCGGAAGGACUCGGGUAUGUUAACUGGUACUGUCUUGAAAAGGCCUAAACUUUCCAGUUGGGAAACAAGUCACUUGUCCUCUGACACUCCCUAUAAACCAAGGAGACUUUUUAAUUCGAUAGAGAAGGAAAAAGGGACUGAAACAGACCAGCAAAUGGAUGAAAUGGAUGACACCUUUUUUUCCAAGAUAAUGAAUGAAGAUGUCAGUGAUUCAGGGGUUAUUACUGCAUUUGAAAGCUUUACCAACCAGCUAAAAAAACUGUUCUGGUUCAGGUACAAGAGGAUGGAGACUUGUGCACAGAAUGCGCUGAGGACCUCUGAGAAGAACGUCUUGACCUUGUUGAGUCAGAUCCACGAGUGCAGGCUGAAUAAGCUGGAAACCUUCCAAAGGAUUGUUGUGGAAGAGCUUGCCAGCCUUGAGAAGGAAACUCAGGUCUUAGCAAACAUGGAGAAGGAUGCAGUGGACUUCUGGAAUGCACAGGCCCUCAAACUGGAUUCUUUUUGCAACCAGCAAAAGCAGCGAAUUCAAUCUGUUGACUCAGCCCUGGGUGAAACAGCAAAGAGUUUUGUUGAAACCAUCCAGAAUACUACGUAUGAACUCCCAGAGAAGAAGGCAACAGAUAAUGCUGUGUUCAUUGUUUCUUCUGACUAAUGAACCCCUGAAUCCCUAAAGGCUCUUAAUGACAUUUCAGCUGCUUCGGGAUCAGAGAGAAGAACUUUGGGUCCUGUGGAGGAUAUGUGAAUGUAUUGUAAAURGAAAGAAAAUUGG